GUAGUUUUCGCCGCGCUAUUAUGUCUCUUGGGCCUCUUCAGUUUUUUCACACGCGUUAAUCUAUUCCCACUUCCAAGAGUCUUCAGAUCUCAGAUAUAUUUCUCUCUCAAGUCUCUCUCUCCCUGAGUUCAAGCCUUUAGAUCCAUAAACACACAGCUGGUGCCGCAGUUCAUCCCAAUCACUGACAAAUCGAUCCGUGACGUUUCCUGCUUCAAGUUUGUACCGGCCGAUAUCCAUUAAUCUGCCGAAAUCCGAUAUACUCUCCGGUAUGGCCACCCAGAUCAACGACGGAGCUUCCUCUUCUUCUUUCUCUCCCCAAUUCACCUAUGAUGUUUUCUUAAGUUUCAGAGGUGAAGACACCCGCUAUAAUUUUACAAGUCAUUUAUAUCAAGCUUUAUGUGAUAAGGGUUUUAACACCUUUAUUGACAAUGAACUUCCAAGAGGAGAAGAAAUUUCAAUGGAACUUCUUAAAACUAUUGAAUUGUCAAAGAGUUCGGUUGUUUUGUUCUCUGAAAAUUAUGCAUCUUCUAGUUGGUGCUUAGAUGAACUUGUAAAGAUUCUUGAGUGGAGGAAUAACGGACUAUUCGUUCUACCUGUAUUUUACAAAGUGGAUCCGUCAGAAAUUCGUAAACAAAAGGGAAAGUUUGGAGCAGCGCUAACUCAACAUGAAGAAAAUUUGAAGGAUAAUGUGGAGAAGGUUCAGAGGUGGAGGACUGCUUUGAUUAAAGCAACUGGCUUGUCUGGGUUGCAUUACAAGGAGGGUUGUAAUGAAUCUGAAACUCAAUUUAUCCAAAGAAUUAUUAAAGAGAUAUCAGUUACUAAAUUGAAUCGCACUCAGUUAUUUGUUACUGAACACCCAGUUGGAAUAGAAUCUCGUGCGGAUGCUAUACAAUCUCUUUUAGAUUUGAAGUCAAAUGAUGUUCGCAUGGUAGGGAUUUAUGGUCUUGGAGGAGUAGGUAAGACUACAAUUGCAAAGGCUAUUUAUAACAGAAUCGCUAAUUGUUUUGAAUUGAGUUACUUUCUAGAGGAUGUCAAAGAAAAGUCGAGUACAAAUGAUGACAUGAUCAAACUACAAGAGACGCUUCUUUCUAAGAUCUCACGGGGCAUGUAUAUAAAGGUAGACAGUGUACCCGAAGGAAUUAUCAUGAUAAAGGAAAGACUUUGUCUUACAAGAUUUCUUUUAAUUCUUGACAAUGUGGCUGAAUAAGAAGUGAUGGUAAAUUUACUUGGAGAAUGUAAUUGGUUUGCACUAGGAAGCAGAGUCAUUAUAACAACAAGAGACAAACACGUGCUAAACAUUCUUGGAAAAGAUCUUCCAAUUUAUGAGCUUAAGGAAUUAAAUCAAUCUGAAUCUCAUGAACUCUUCAACCUGCAUGCCUUCCCAAAAAUUGAACCUAAGAAAGAUUAUUUAGAAGUUGCAGAGCAAAUCAUACAUUAUGCCAAUGGCCUUCCAUUAGCUCUUAAAAUAAUAGGUUCUGAUUUGUGUGGAAAAAGUAUAUGUGAUUGGAAAAGUGCGUUCGAAAAGCAUAAAAACAUUCCUCACAAAAAAAUUGUGGAAAAGCUCAAAAUAAGUUAUGAUGGACUUGAAAAGACCGAAAAGGAUAUUUUUUUGGAUAUUGCAUGUUUCUUUAAGGGAUUCAAUAGGAGUUGUGUAGAGAAUAUAUUAGAUGCUUGCAAAUCAUAUCCAGGUUAUGGAAUUGGAAAACUUAUUGAUAAGUGUCUCAUAACUGUUGGUCAAUUUGGCGAGUUGUGGAUGCAUGACUUGCUUCAACAAAUGGGGAGAGAAAUUGUUCAACAAGAAUCAGAAGAGCUAGGAGAACGUAGUAGGAUAUGGUGUUUUGAGGAUGCUGAAGAAAUACUAACUACAAAUAUGGGAUCAAGUAAAAUUCGAGGCAUUAUGUGCUACUCACCUCAACCAAUCAUGAUGCCAAUAGGAGCUAAAGCUUUUGAAAAGAUGAAAAAUCUCAAAUUUCUUAUAGUUCGUAACGUACGCAUUUGUGAAGAACUUGAAUAUCUCCCCAAUGGGUUAACAUUGCUUCAAUGGCCUGAAUUUUCAUUUUCCUUGCCAUCUAACUAUUAUCCUCGACAACUUGUUGAACUUGAGAUGCCACGUAGUCUUAUUAGAUUGGAGACAACAUUCAAAUUGGAAAUCCAGCUAAAAUAUUUAAAACGUAUCACUCUCUCCGAGUGUGAGUCCAUUACAGAAUUACCUGAGUUUCAUACCCCAAGCCUAGAAAUAUUGGAUCAUAGUUAUUGUCAAAAUUUAGCUAAGGUUCAUGAGUCACUUGGAUUUCUUGAUAAGCUUCAAAUAUGGGAUCUCUGUGGUUGUAGAAAACUUCAAAUUCUUCCGAAGUCUCUCAAGUUGAAAUCUUUAAAAUAUCUCUAUCUCAGGGAGUGUGAGUCCAUUACAGAAUUACCUAAGUUCUGUACCCCGAGCCUAGAAAAUUUGGAUCAUAGUUAUUGUCAAAAUUUAGCUAAGGUUCAUGAGUCACUUGGAUUUCUUGAUAAGCUUCAAAUAUGGGAUCUCCGUGGUUGUAGAAAACUUCAAAUUCUUCCAAAGUCUCUCAAGUUGAUAUCUUUAAAAUAUCUCUAUCUCAGGGAGUGUGAGUCCAUUACAGAAUUACCUGAGUUUUGUACCCCGAGCCUAGAAAAUUUGGAUCAUAGUUAUUGUCAAAAUUUAGCUAAGGUUCAUGAGUCACUUGGAUUUCUUGAUAAGCUUCAGAUAUGGAAUCUCCGUGGUUGUAGAAAACUUCAAAUUCUUCCAAAGUCUCUCAAGUUGAUAUCUUUAAAAUAUCUCUAUCUCAGGAAGUGUGAGUCCGUUAUAGAAUUACCUGAGUUCUGUACCCCAAGCCUAGAAAUAAUGGAUCUUUGGUUUUGUGAAAAUUUAGUUAAGGUUCAUGAGUCGGUUGGAAUUCUUGAUAAGCUUCGGGAAUGGGAACUCUGCCAUUGUAAAAAACUUCAAAUUCUUCCAAACAUCCUCAGGUUGAAAUCUCUUACGAAGUUUGAUCUUAGAAAUUGCUUUAGGCUUGAGAAGUUUCCUAAUAUUCAUCCAGAAAUGAAAUGUUUAAGGAGUUUAAAUUUAGGGGGGAGUGGUAUUCGAGAGUUGCCUUCAUCAAUCGAGUAUCUCACUGGGCUCCAACUCUUAGACUUACGUUGUUGCAAAAACCUUAGGUAUCUUCCGGAUGACAUCUAUAAAUUACAACUUAUUGAUGAACUAUAUAUUCCAACUGCCAAAUUGAGACAGACAUACAAUUAUUUGGAUGGCUUUUCCAGAGGUGGGGUUUUGAAGUUGACAUCGUUGGAUUUCAGGGGCAAUAAUAAUAUAAUUGAAUUAGAUUUUUUGAUGAAACCCGAGUACUUCCCCGUAUUGUAUUCUUUAGAUCUAUCUGAAACUAAUAUUGUUAGCAUCCCUGAAAGCCUAAGCAGAUUUGUGAAUUUAGCGGUCCUUGAGAUACGAAAUUGCAAGCAGCUUCAAGAAAUUCCAAGGCUUCCCCAAUCUAUACUAGAUGUGGAUUUAGGAAAUUGUUGUUCGUUGAAUGCACAAUCAUUAAGCAGAUUAUUGAAUCAGAUUGGAGAAUUUUUCGAGAUUUUACCAAAUAAAGCUUGCAAGGGAACAAGAAGUAGGAUAUUAUGGGAUGAGAUUCAUUUCCAUCACUUGCUUUUUAUAAUUAGACCACCAGGAACUGAGAUUCCAAAGCAGUUGAAGUUAAACCAUGAAAGUGAUGGAAAUGUCAUAUCAUUUUGGGUUGGUUGCAAAUUUCCAAAUAAUUUUUUUGUCUGUUUUGCUCUUGGACCGCUGAAAUAUCCAUGGAAAUCAAUCUUUAGUGUUUGCCUUUCCAUCAAUCGUUGUAGCCCAGAGCACCUCUUUUCAACUGAUGCAGAUGAAUUAUCCGACCAUCUGUGGAUAGUUUCUUUAUCUAAUAAGAGAUUGCAGGACCAAUUGAAUAAGUCAAGCCCAUCUGAACGAAAUUACGUUGAGGUAAUAUGUGAAAUGAAGCGUUUGGAUACGACGACUGGUUGGCCUCAAUAUGUUGUGGUGGAUUGGAUUAAAAACCAUCCAAGAGGGUGGGGGGUCGAUGUAAAGUGCAUCUGUCACUAUUGUAGACAUCAAUGCAAAGAAGAAACCAUCGACCAACCUAUGCCAGACGUCCCCAAAAACACUACCUGUCCCACUUCAAAAAUGGAAGAGAUAGAUCCCACUCCCAGGGCUGUCAACAAUGGAGCAGAAGAUUCAGAGCUUUCAACCCACGCUUACAUCAAUGAUGGUUUCAACUCCAUGUUAUAUCCACCAUCAAAGAAGGCAAGAAAAUCUUGAUCAAACUUAGAUGCCAAGUAAUGAUGACAGAGCCACGACUUCAGCAUUCUUGGGUUGAUUUCUGUAGCUGUUGAUUAAAGCAAUUCCUCAUACAUAAGAGUUCUAUGCCCAAAAAUGAUCAUUCUGUUCCCUAGGAUCCUCUAUUCUGGUAUUUUGAUGACUUCAUACUUUAUGGAACUGGUACAGAUGUAAGUAUUUUCUUUGGUAGGUGAUGUCCUUAUUUUGUACACAUUAGAAUGAAUCACAAUAUCUGCAACUGUGAACUAGUCUUCUAUCACUUUGAAGACUAUAGCUCUGUAACCAUUUCAUGUCUCACCUACUUGCAAAUCCUUUGUGAAUAAAUUUAGGAUUACCUCCGAUUAAUUUUAUUGUAGUAAUUUUCUAAGGUUCUUUGGCAUUCUCUUACUUAUUUCACUUUGAAUUACUGAUAUAUACAAAUUCAAUUUUCAAUACACACACACACACAAAAAGGAUCACCUUGAGAACGUAUUAUUAGAAUGCCUUGUAGAGAAAAGUAAACGUUGUUAAUGAGCAAAUAGUUAUGCUUGUAUAUCCUGUACAAACAAUAUACAUGAAUAAUACUUUCUUAUAAAUAAAAAUACUGUGGAGAAGAGGUCACUUAUUACCAAUGAGUUAUAGCUCAUUUGGUACUUCCUCCUCCAAUAAUAAUGGAAUGGAGGUGAGGCCAUGGUUUCAAUAGGAGAAAAAUAUGAACUUGAACAACAGCUCCAAGAGAAACAACUUCAUUAGGAUUUACAGUCACAUUGGGCUCUUUUCUAGUCAUCUUCCUCACCAGUUCCUGAAUAGCUGGGAUCCAAGUUGAACACCAACAAGGAUUACUUCAUCUAUAUCUUUGAAGGAAAGCGCUUUGUAUCACUCAAUGCAAUUUCAACUUGUCCUCGAGAAAGACAAGCAAGCUCUACGUCUCACUGAGAGUGCUGAGAAAGUGAAAAUAGAGCUGUUGUCUUUGACUCAGACCAAUAUUAGUUUACCUUUCAUUACCCCCACUACAAAUGGCCCAAAACACAUUGACACCACUCUGACAAGGGUCAAGUUUGAAGAAUUGUGUUGAAAUUUAUUGGAGAGUACCCAAGUCCAAACUCCUUCGACUGUAGGCUUUUGGUUUCUCUGCUUUUAGGGCCAAGGCUUCUCCUUCAUCCAGGACAAGGCCAGGGCUUCUAAUAGUGCAGUGAGGUAAUUGCUUUAAAAAAUUAUGCAAUGUGCAAGCAAUGCAUAUCUUGACAUCUAAGAAAGGUAUAAUUUGAUUUGCUGUUGGAAUUUGUCAUUAAAUUUUUGCAUCGUGAGUCAUCUCUGAUUAUGCGUUUAACAGCCACUAUUUUAAUAAUGUAAUGGACUAAAUUGUUAGCUUAAUUGGCCAGAGACACACACAUAGGUACUUGUUAAUGUUAUUACUUACAAGUGUUAGAACACACAAACAGAAACAGAUUAAUUUUAUUGUUUUAUUUUCCUAUGAUCAUCCCAUGUUAGUGCAUGUCAGCUGUGUCAUAUCCGUGGCCCUUGUUCUAGUUCAUGCUGCAUAAAUUCAAAGUUGAAAAAUAAGUUCGGAGAUAUUAGAUUAAAAAAAAAGAUAUUGUGGUUUUUGUGUUUUGAUAAAGUUGGUUUAAUUCUAUUGUUUUCUGCAUUAUAAUUUUAUGAUUCUGUCUAUGUUAUUUUUAUGUGCGAAAUUUAUCAUAAAAUUUCAAAAAUGCUGAGUGCACCAACACUUAAAUAUAUUAAUGCAUAUUUUCAUGUUCUUGAAUAUGAUUGGCACACGGUGCAUAACAAACUUAAGACUGGAAAAGGCAUGUAUAAGGUAUGGCCUUCAUUUAAAAAUAGGUUCUUUUUUCUCUAGCAAAAAGGAAUUAUGUUAGAUUUGAAUGUCUAAUUUCUAAGAAAAAGUUGAAUAUGCAUGAUUCUUUUAAAGAAAUAAAGCUGUGUGUUGUCAAAUAUUGCAGUGUUUGCUCGUGUGUUGAGAGUGACUAGUUUUUGAUGUGUAUGUAAUCAUAUUUUUUUCUGAAACAGAUUAUCCAGCACCAUCGUUUUCUCCGUGAUAGGUGUCUCGGUGAACAUUUGCUUUUUUAGCCUGUGUGAAGCAUGAGUCUCAAAAAACUUGCAGCCAUCGGGCUCUCUCUUUGGUACACAUUCCCUGAAGAGCACAUAUCAAAGUUAAAAAGAGUAGUAGAGAAAGUGUAAAAGCUGAAAUGGAAGUGCCUAGAGAAUAUAGCAGCAAGUCUGUGGUAAAUAUUAUUUAUCUUUGAGAUUCCCAAAGCUCGAUGGAUUGCUUAUUGAUUUAGUUGGGAAUUCAACUAGUGCAUCAAAGGGUGUUUAAUUUGCUACAAACAAUUCUACGAUGUUGACUCUAUUCUAUAAGUAAAGUGACACAUACACAUAUCUCUCUAUUUGUGUGUGUGCCUGUCUCUCUCAUUCACACUUUUUGUUGCAAAUUCAAGAAGGAAUAUUGUGCUGAACUUCAGAGCUAGGGGUCGAUGUUGAGCAGUAAUUCUUCCCGAGUAGAGCCAUACUUCUUUGUUUUCUUUUGGGGGGGGGGGAGGAGGAAAAAACUAAAAAGUAGAGCCAUACUUGACUCUUCCUGUACAGUGGAUCCUUGGGUGCUGGAAACGACCAAUAAUUUUCAUUUUAUAUUGAGGAGUUUUUUCAGAUUAAGAAAAUGUGAAUAUGUUCAACAACAUAUAUGUCGGGUUUGCAAUUUGAAUGUUGUUGUUUGUGUCUAGGAUAUGUGAUUCUUUAAAUAUCUGUAAAAAUAUGAAAUUCUUAUUAGUUUGUA